AUGUUCAAGACCGCUGUCCGUGCUGCUCGUCCAGCCGCCCUGGCGGGUCGCGCUCUCACCAAGCCAUCCACAUCCACCCUGCGCGCUUUCUCCACCAGCGUUCGCGUCCAAUCUGGACCCCCACCCCCUCAGUUGUAUGGUGAAGGUGCCAAACCCGGUACAGUCCCUACCGAUAUUGAACAGGCCACCGGUCUCGAGCGUCUGCAACUUCUCGGAGAGCUUGAAGGAAUCAAUGUCUUUGAUGACAGCCCUCUGGACUCCUCCCGCAUUGGUACUAAAGCUAACCCCGUUCUCGUCCCCUCCUUUGACGUUGAACGCAUCAUCGGAUGCACGGGUGUUCCUGCCGACUCUCAUGACAUCCUCUGGUUCAACCUGAAGAAGGACAAGUUGGGCCGUUGCACGGAGUGCGGCUCAGUUUACAAGCUUGACUUCCAGGGUGAAGAGCACCACGAUGAACACCACCAUUAA